GGGUCCUCGCUCCCACGUGUUCAGGGUGCGCGGCCGCAGCCGCCCCGCAGCCAUGCAGCGCCGCAAGGUGGAUAACCGCCUGCGGGUGCUGAUUGAGAAUGGCGUGGCCGAGAGGCAGCGGACCCUCUUCGUGGUGGUGGGUGACCGCGGCAAGGAUCAGGUGGUUAUACUUCAUCACAUGUUGUCAAAAGCAACUGUUAAGGCCAGACCCUCUGUCCUAUGGUGUUACAAAAAGGAGCUGGGCUUUAGCAGCCACCGGAAGAAGAGGAUGCGGCAACUACAGAAGAAAAUUAGAAGUGGAACUUUAAACAUAAAGGACGAUGAUCCUUUUGAGUUGUUUAUAGCAGCCACAAACAUUCGCUACUGCUAUUACAAUGAAACUCAUAAGAUCCUUGGUAAUACUUUCGGCAUGUGUGUACUUCAGGAUUUUGAAGCCUUGACUCCAAACCUGCUGGCUAGAACUGUUGAAACAGUAGAAGGUGGUGGAAUUGUGGUGAUUCUCCUGAGAACUAUGAACUCAUUGAAGCAGCUCUAUACCAUGACCAUGGAUGUACACUCUCGAUACAGAACGGAAGCACACCAGGACGUGGUGGGACGGUUUAAUGAGAGGUUCAUUCUGUCUCUGGCCUCGUGCAAGAAUUGCAUGGUGAUUGAUGAUCAACUGAAUAUCUUGCCCAUCUCCAGUCACGUUGCAAACAUCACACCGGUUCCACCGCAGUCGCAGGAAGAUAGGCUCCAGCCACAGGACUUGGAGCUGAAAGAACUGAAGGAGAGCUUGCAGGACACACAACCUGUAGGAGUUUUAGUGGAUGGCUGUAAAACUCUGGAUCAGGCAAAAGCAGUUCUAAAAUUUAUUGAAGCCAUUUCUGAGAAGACUCUACGGAGCACUGUGGCAUUAACAGCAGCCAGGGGACGCGGUAAAUCUGCUGCUUUAGGACUAGCUAUUGCUGGAGCAGUAGCUUUUGGUUACUCCAAUAUCUUUGUCACGUCUCCAAGCCCUGAUAACCUUCACACUCUCUUUGAGUUCAUAUUUAAAGGCUUUGAUGCACUGCAAUAUGAGGAACAUCUGGACUACGAGAUUGUUCAGUCUUUAAAUCCAGAGUUUAACAAGGCUGUUGUCAGAGUGAAUGUGUUCAAGGAGCACAGGCAGACCAUUCAGUACAUACACCCCGCUGAUGCUGUGAAACUGGGUCAAGCUGAACUUGUGGUGAUUGAUGAAGCUGCUGCCAUCCCUCUACCCUUGGUGAAAAACCUGCUAGGGCCUUACCUUGUGUUCAUGGCUUCUACAAUUAACGGGUAUGAGGGUACCGGUCGAUCACUCUCUCUGAAGCUCAUUCAGCAGCUCCGUCAACAGAGUGCACAAACCCAAGUCACCAUGACAGCGGAGAACAAAUCUACAGCUACAGCUAAACUCGCCUCAGCUCGUACAUUGCAUGAAGUCUCCCUCCAUGAAUCGAUCAGAUAUGCCCCCGGUGACCCAGUUGAAAAGUGGCUGAAUGAUCUGCUGUGUUUGGACUGUCUCAACAUCACCAGAAUUAUCUCUGGCUGCCCACUACCUGAGACAUGUGACCUAUACUAUGUAAAUAGAGACACACUUUUUUGUUACCACAAAGCAUCGGAAAUUUUUCUGCAGAGACUGAUGGCCCUCUAUGUGGCUUCGCACUACAAGAACUCACCCAAUGACCUUCAGAUGCUAUCUGAUGCACCUGCCCAUCAUCUUUUUUGCCUUUUGCCACCAGUUCCACCUACCCAGAACUCAUUGCCAGAAGUACUUGCUGUUGUUCAGGUGUGCAUGGAAGGUGAGAUCUCUCGCCAGUCGAUCAUGAACAGCCUUUCUAGGGGGAAGAAAGCCUCUGGUGAUCUUAUUCCCUGGACCAUUUCAGAGCAGUUCCAAGAUCCAGAUUUUGGGGGCCUCUCUGGUGGGCGUGUUGUUCGUAUUGCAGUUCAUCCGGAUUAUCAGGGGAUGGGCUAUGGCAGCAGAGCUCUGACUUUACUGCAGAUGUACUAUGAAGGCAAAUUCCCAUGUUUGGAAGAAAAACCAUUUCAAAAGCCAAAAGAAAUUGCAAACCUAAGCAUCGAGGCUCUUAGUUUAUUAGAAGAGGUUGUGACACCUCGGAAAGACUUGCCUCCUUUACUUCUCAAACUGAGUGAGAGACAAGCUGAAAACUUGGACUAUCUGGGGGUAUCUUAUGGCCUAACACCAAGAUUACUCAAGUUUUGGAAACGUGCUGGGUUUGUGCCAGUUUAUCUGAGGCAGACACCAAAUGACCUGACUGGUGAGCAUUCGUGCAUCAUGCUGAAGAUGCUGAAUGAAGAGGAAAGUGAACAGGAGCCUUGGCUUACUGCCUUCUGGAAAGAUUUUAGGAGGCGGUUCGUUUCGCUGCUUUCCUACCAGUUCAGCACAUUCUCACCCUCAUUGGCAUUGAAUAUUCUACAGAACAAAAAUGUCAAACAGCAGCCACAACCGCCCAUCAGCCGUGCUGAAUUAGAAUCAGUUUUCAUCCCGUAUGACCUGAAGAGGUUAGAGAUGUACUCUCGCAACAUGGUGGACUAUCAUCUCAUCAUGGAUAUGGUACCUACUAUUGCCAGGAUGUUUUUUCUCAACCAGCUGGGUGAUAUCACUCUCUCUGCUGCACAGUCGGCCCUUUUUCUGGGGAUUGGCCUACAGCAUAAAUCUCUGGACCAGCUGGAAAAGGAGGUAGAACUGCCCAGCAGUCAGUUGAUGGGGCUCUUCAACAGAAUCAUCCGCAAAGUGGUUCAGCUGUUCAACACAGUCCAGGAAAAAGCUGUGGAGGAGCAGAUGGUGGCAACAAAGGAUAUUGUAAUGGAGCCAACACUGAAAUCUUUAAAUGAUGAUUUGGAAGAAGCUGCAAAAGAAUUCCAAGAAAAACACAAGCGAGAAGUGGGGAAGCUGAAGGAGAUGGACCUUAGACAAUAUAUUAUCCGGGGUGACGAUGAAGAAUGGAAUGAGGUGCUGAGCAAAGCAGGACAGAAUGCUUCCGUCGUCAGUUUGAAAAGUGACAAGAAGAGAAAAUUAGAAACAGCAAGAGGACCCAAGAAACUGAAGAAAUUUAAGAAGACUAAAGAUAUAAAGCAGAAGUGGAAGAAAUGACUUUAAAGCCAAUCAGUGAACUUGAAUUAACACACGAUGGGUCUGUACUGAAGAAGUACUAUUCUUCUUUAAAUCAAAAGACUUUCUUUUGUGGGGUGAGAACUGGAGGGAAGCAAAAACCUUAGAGGCAUUUUGAAAGUGUUUGCAUUUUGGGAAGUAGAGUGACCCUGUCAGGAGACAGUCUAUGAAGAGUUUUUAUGAAGUGUGACUGCAGGGCUUGAGCAAGGCACUGUGCAGCACUCCAGAAUAUUAUGAGGGCACUUUAGCAGCUACGGUUUCCAUUCCAAGAGGGCAGAUGGAUCUGUAAACUUCCCUGCAUUGUAAUCUUUGGUGUCUUUAUUAAAAAACACGUUUGGACAACUAAGGAUAGAAAUGUGUUAGACGUUGCUGUGUGACUCUGCCUUCUAGCAUCACAGCACAUCUUGGUACAAGCAGCUACUGCCUCAGUAGCGCCACCAACUCCAUUGUAGCUUGAGGGACUUUUUGGUGUUAACAACAAUUAACUUUUUAUUUGGGGCUGGCUAUUCAGUGAGCACUAACCGUGUUGUCAGUUCAGACUCACAAUUUGGUCCCUGCUCGCAGGAGUUCAGGGGAUACAAUGAACACUUCUAUUUUGGAUGGUAGUCUAUAGUUCCUGCUUACUGUCUUCCUCAAGCAGCUGUAAUAAAGGUUAUUCUUUUGCAUUCACACUUGCUUACGAGGUCUCAGCAUUCCCAUAGCUCAGUAAUUUACAUUUCUUAGUUCUCAAGCAGGGUAGCAGGAUUAACAGGUGCUGGGGAAGCUGCUUUGGCCGUUCUGUCUCCCUGCUGACCUAGAGUUGCUGCUUGGCUUUGUCAGAAGGUUUGUGUUAAGGAAAUCAGCACUACCAUACCAGCACCUGGUCAUAGUGGUAUUCUCUGAGCUCAGGGCCAGCUGAGCAGGCAAGUAACUGAAUUCCCCGGCUCUGCUGCUCCACGAUCCCUGCUUGGCAAUAAAUACUCACUGGGCUGGAGCUGGGACUUUGUGUCUGAAAGACUAAGUUUGACAGGAAUCAGACUCCAGAGGCUUCAAAACCAGAGCAAAUCUGUGACACAGAACAUCCCUAUCUGAAAUCUCAGUGCUCUGGUGCAUUGUCUUGAUGCUCCAGCUUCACACCCUAGGGGUUCACGACAGAGAAUUGCCUACAGCUGAUACACAGCUGCAUUAUAUUUACUUGCAGAUCUCACAGUGCCUUUUCCCAUCAAAUCCUUGAAUAAACAGUUUCUCCCUCGGUGAAGAGUAUUUCUCCUCUAGGAGGCUGGUUUAGGAGGCAUCUGUGUUAAGCAUGGGUUUUGCACAGCACGGCCUGGGUGUGCCUUUGGUGAGCAGACAACUCUGAGAGUCAGUGCUGAGGGCACAGCCCCCACGUUUGGGGCACGGCUGAGGCCUGAGAAGGGAGAACUGCAGCUGCAGCCCUUAAAGGCUUGAUGAGGGGCACGUUAUCACCCAGCUGUGUGAUAGAGCAGUGCUGGCAGCCUGCAGGGAUGAGGUGGUGGCUGGCUGCCCUCAACAGGUUUUAAAGUGGUAAAAGGAGCAGAUACAGAAGGCAAAAAGUGUGAGGCUCUUCACAGCUGCCCAGGAAGUCUGCAGAAGAAAAGGUGAGUGUGAAUUCUCUGAAUUUGCUGUUGUUAGUGUUAAAAUUAGGGUAAGUGGUGGUCCUGUGAAGAGCUACAGCCUCUUGCUUUGGGGAUGGGGGAUGCUGCCUAUGCCUGACUUGGUCCUGAGAGACAAAGAACCAAUUUCUGCUGGAGCCCUUUCAGGGUUCACUCUCCAGCCUGGCUGUGAUGAAGCUGUUACUGUGUACGGCUUAAGUCAGACUGAGGUUUCUGGUGGUUUCAGGCAAUACAGUCUCAUGCUGGUAGGUGGCAGUUAUAACAGCUUUGAUGCCUGACUUACUGGCACCGUCUUAGGGAAAGAACGUUGGAAACAUUCAUGAUAACAGUCUGAGUAGGAGUUGAUGUAUGAAAAUAUUGUCCAGCAAGAUUUCUUUUAAAUUGUCUGUAAAUCAAGGUGGAGGAUUAAAACUUAAGCUGGAUUCUUCAAGCAAACUGGGAUUUUACUGGAAUAUUUAGCUGACAGCUUCCUAGAGCUGCCUCCACUGCUUUCUGUAGGCUGUAGUAGUUCUUGCUGUGUUGUCUGUGGAUUGGGUGCCCUGUACUUGCUCUAAAAGGCUUGGAGGAUCCGAGCUGCGUGUCUGCCUCUCCAUUGCUGAGUGGGAGUUGGAUUUAAGCAGAAUUUUGCUAGGUCUAUAGAAAAUGUAUGUAUUCAGUUGGACCAUGCUUUUCCAGGUUUUCCGUGUACAUUUUAUGAUUCCUGGCAGGUUUUUGGAUUCCUCUGCCUGUCUGUGGCUCCUUGAACAGCAAAGUGGAAAAAAGCCCUCGGAUACUAAAAUAAGUGAGAGCUGUGGAUUUUUCUUUCUCUUUUUUUAACCAGUCUAGUCAAACCACAUUUUCCUCUGUCUGUGCUUUCCAUCAGUGAAUUCUAGCUAGAGUAAGGGCUAGUUGAAUGCAAUCCAACAACAAAGCAAGAAUGCCUCUUUCUGUAGCCAGAAGUGUCCUAAGAAAGUGCCUUGCAACACAUGAACUGAGAGGAGAGCAAGUUCUCUAUCUUUGAAUUUUAGGAUUGGAUUGGUUUGGUUCAUUUUUAGCCCAUUUCCCUGCCUAGAGCGGGUUUCUGGUCCUUCUGUACCCACGUCCCCUGCAGAUGGGGCUGUGAAUGCUUGAAAGAUCCUGGUGCACUGCUGAUGGCAGCUUUUAUCGCAGGCAAAGCCAAUGCAGCUGCCUCUGCCCCUGCUUUUCCAGUCAGUUGGGACAGGUUUUUGCACAGCCCAGUAACCACAUGCAUUAGUGUCUCUGGCCCUAUUUUAAACCUACAAGGUCAGUCUAUGGUCUUUUUUCAGUGCUCCCUGGAUCGCUAUCUGUCACGUUGCUCAGGUUGUCUCUGCUCUCCUGUGCUUGUUUGCCUGCAGUGAUGGAGUGCUGUGGCUAAUUGGAGGGAAAUUGGAAAGCCACGUUGAGCGGAGCAGCUCUCUGCAGGUGGUGGGUAGAUGUGACCUAGUUGUCAGUGGAAUCAUCCUGCUUGCUCGGAGACCCGUGAGCUAUUUUGACAGCUGGAGUGAACUGACCUCUGUGAGGUAUAAGGGAGGAAGCAAAACCAGUGAAGCUGAGGAUCUUCCCUGCUGCUGUGAGCUGGCUGUACUUGCAGGAGGGGUCUUGCCUCCCACAGCUGUGUGAGGGAAAAAUGAGCUCUCUGGAAAGAUCGGUGUACUGGAUAAGGGCAAGGUGUAGAGUGGGCAGGAGGAACUAUGUCUUUUCCAUUUGGCCAUCAUGAUGCUGCCUUGGGAGCUUUUUUGCUUCCACAGCUGGAUUUUUCUUUGACUGUGUCACUGUUCCCUCCCUGUGCAGUCUCUGAAUCACGAACCUGUCUCUUGGUAAGGGCUAUGACACUACAUGCACCUCGUGGCGUGUGUUUUCUAACGGCUGCUUUCUGUUCGUAGGCACUUGGAGGAUGGAGAGAGGUGGUGAGGGACACAGGGAGCCUUUCCCUGCCUGAGCUAGAGGUGGAAACGGGGGCAUUGGGUGAAAUCCUGUGCUCUAGUAAGCUGCCCAUCCAGUGAGUGAGUACGUGAAGCAAUGGGCUUUGGCUGCCCUUUGAACGAGGGUCGUUCUGUGGCCGGGCAGUUGUGAACUGGCCUGCUUGUUUUCUAGUUACAAACAAGAGGUUAACAGGCAGCACUGAACCCAGCUCUGGGGCUGCGUGUUGCUGCUAGCAAAGCCUUUCUCCCUGCUCUGCUGUCAUUUUUCAUCACAUCAUAGAAUGAUAGAGUGGUUUGGGUUGGAGGUUACCUUACAGCCCAUCCAAUUCCAACCCCUGCCCUGGGCAGGGACACCCCCUACUGGAUCAGGGGCUCAAAGCCUCAUCCAACCCAGCCUUGAACACCCCCAGGGAUGGGGCAUCCAUGACUUCCCUGGGCAACCUGUGUCAGGGCCUCCCCACCCCCAAGGAAAACAUUUCUGCCUAAGAUGUCAUCAAAAUCUCCCCGUUUUCAGCUCUAAACUGUUUCCCUUUGUCCUGUCCCCACACUCUCUGAUCAAGAGCCCCUCCCCAGCUUUCCUGGAGCCCCUUUCAGUCUUGGAAGCUGCUCUAAGGCCUCCCUGGAGCCUUCUCUUCUCUAGGCUGAACAAUUCCAACUCUCUGUCUGUCCUUGUAUGGGAAGUGCUCCAGCCCUCAGAUCAUCUUUGUGGCCUCCACUGGACUCACUCUAACAGCUCCAAGUCCUUUUGUGCUGAAUGACAGAAACCUUUCCUGCCUCACUUUCGCUUGAGCAAAUAGCAUCGAGUGCCAUAUUGCUUUCUCUGGAUUAAUGGAUCCCUUAUACUCAAACCCACCCUUUGGGGAGGCAAAUCUCACUUUUGAGUCCUCUCUCUGCCACAGGCAGUGGCGACAGCCGCUUGCUGCGCUGUUCCUCGAGGGAGUCUCCACUCUCCUCUGUUUUCCUCGUGUCUCCUUGGCUGCCUCUGUUACGGCAGGUGCAGGAAGGCUGGUGGCUUGGGCAGCAUUUGGUGAGGGCAAAGGGCCAGUCGGUAGCAGGGCCGCAUCAGCCAGCGCUUGCCUGCUGUGCAAAGGCUGCUUAUGAAGCAAAGAGCUUUUAUUCUAGUCUGCGAGUCAUCGAGCGUGUUCCGACAGACCUGUGAGCUUUGCUGUUUGCUCCGUGAAAUGAUAUAAUCACAGCAAGCAAAGUGCUUCCCCAAAGCUGAGCAAACCCUGCUCUGCUACUUUCUAGGACUCUGAGGGCUGCAGUGUACAAAACAGAGGCGGGAUGCAAUUAGUUUCAUAAGAAACUUCUAUUUAAUCUACUUGUUAGAGCAAAAGUGCUCCUAAAGGGCAUCUGGGGUGUUUGUAUUCCAUGAUUGCUGAGAACAAGUUGUUGUUUGCAUUGGUGGGUUUCCAGGCAUGCUGGUGUAAGGGCACAAUGCAAGAGUAAGCACCGUAUCAUUCCCAGCAGGUUCCUCUUGGAUGAUGUAAAUCAAAUGCUACGAAAUGCUUGUGAUUGUAAUUUAUUACAGAACUAGAUUUCAAGCCUUGCUCCACCUGAGAGUCGCUGCACGCUUCCCAUUGUUUACAGGGAAGGAAAUUCGAGGGAAGAAAGAAUAAUAGAAAGAUUCUUGGCAGCCAAGUACAGGUUCCAGCUGUAUUAAUGAUUUCCUCUGAAAUGUGCUUAGUGCCCUGAGCAGGUAUGUAAGUCCCGUGGAGGCAGCACCAAAUUCAGAGUUACAGCUCAGCCCUUAUCCCCAAACUCGGCAGGGGUCUGCAAGAUUUACAGGGUAAAUUUAGGCGGAGGGGGCGAUAUCUCUGGGUCAAAUUCUUGCUCUGACAGUGGAAUUUAACCUGUAUACUUCUUGCU